CUGCAUGGACCAAAAGUUCAUCACAGCAUACAACGAAGCCCUCCCCAAAUACUGGCCCUUACCCAGCAGCACCUCCCCCCCCCCCCUAAAUCUCACCAUCCAAAACACUUCCCUGAAAUCCCUCCCGGGCUCGACCAAAUUCGACCUCAUCGUCUCCCCCGCAAACUCCUACGGCCGACUCGACGGCGCCUUUGACGACGCUAUCUCGCGCCAGUUCUGCCUCCCCCACAGCCACUACGACACCCUCACCCAUGCCGUCCAGAAAGUCCUCUACGACAAAUACCGCGGCUUUGCGCCGCCGGGCACAUGUACGCUUGUGCCCUUUCCCGCGGAACUACGGGGGAAGAAUGACUGGGGGUGUAAAUGGGUGGCGAUUUGUCCGACCAUGAGGACGCCGGACUCGGCGCGGUGGGAUCGGGAGGUUGUUUAUGAGUGUGUUUGGAGUUUGCUUUGUGCUGUUGAAGGGUGGAAUCGGGGGUGUGCUGGUGCUGUUGGAGGAAAGGAAGAAGAAGAAGAAGAAGAAGAAGGAGAUGAUGGGAAGAUUAGGUCUGUGCUUAUUACUCCGAUGGCAACGGGGUGUGGAGGAGUCACUCCGCAAAAGUGGGCGGCGCAAUUUGUAUUGGCGAUGAGGCACUUUGUCGAUGCGGUGGAGAGGCCGGAGAGAUGGAGUCGGCUGAGUUGGGGGGAUAUAUAUGAUGAUACAGAUGCAAUUAACAAGACGUGGAAGAUGUAGUUACUGAGGAGUAGGUGGGUUACGGAUAAAAUCAUUAUUCGAGACAGUCCCCUCCCUCUAUUCGAAGUUUAAUUGAUUUUCUAGCUGGGAGUUCGACUAUGAAAGAAAGAAAGAAAGAAAGAAAGAAAUAAAUAAAUAAAACCCCCGCUGGAUGUACCCAUCAGAGC